CAAAUUUGCUAGUUGACGUGUACAGCCGGCAUACAUCUAUUUUUACUCCUCGCCACGGCGAUUGAGAUCCACGCGAUCUUAUAAUCAUAAGCGAAAAUCACUGAGUACAAUUAAAUCUACAGAACCUCGCUGACCAGCGGGGGUUCAAGCUGGACAAAUGGCUCCUAUGAAGCGAUCCCAUGAUUCUUCAGCAAAGAACCGUGACAAUAACAAGACAAAGCGACGUAAGAGUCCUAACGACACAAGCAUACUCUAUAAGUGCCUCGGAAAAUUAUGUGGCGAGGAAUGUGAUGAGGAAUUGCUACCUGUUACCGAUAAGAUAUCUCGCUAUUGCAAUUCUAUUGAUCGAUUAGAUAUGGACAUCGGUUCAGACAAUAGCGAUGACGACCUCGAUGAUCGAGAAAGGCGAUCCCCAGGACACAUGAAAGGCAUACGGCAAUUGAAGCCAAAAAAACAAUCCAAUCUCGAUUUCAAAUUAGGCGUGCAGAAAGCUAAACAAUACAUCUGCCAGGCAUUGAAUUUUGGUGUACAGUCAGGAUAUUUAAUGCUCAAGGAUUCGAAGGGUCAGCUGUUAAAGGUUUCAUCGGAUCUUUACCAAACAACCGACAAAAAUAAAAACUACAGCAUAAAAUGUCUUCAUUCCGGUGACGCGGAUUCCACAGCAGAACGCAAACAGACGCGAAAACGUCAGCUUGACUCGGCCGAGAAAAGCCACGAUAAUUGUGACAUUAAUGAGGCCCGUAGGAAUAAAAGCAAUAAGAAAGGACGUAGCCGAUCUGGUCGUCGUAGUAGACGUUCCGGUAAAAGUCGCAGUAGAAGUAAACGGAAGCAUGUAAAAAGGCGAAUGGUCAGAAGUAAUUCGAAUAAUUCGGAGCCAGAGAUACGUCCAAAACAAACAAAAACAGAAGAAAUUGAGCAGGAUGAUUUGGGCACAAACAAUAACGCAGUCAGUACCAAUGAACGUAAUAUAACCGGCAGCAACGAUGACUGCAAAAGUAUUAAAUCUACGAAAAGCACGAAAUCAACUUCCAACUCGUACAACCAAACAACUACAGAAGAUCAAAAACACGGCGAGGAUGAUGUUUCAAACGAGGACAUUUCUGACUACGAUGAGAAAAAGAAAUGAAUUAUUCUAUUUUCUAUAUUUCGUAAAUAUGUUUGUAAAAUCCUAUCAAAAUUUAAUAGUAAAAUUUAUGUUCGCAUUUUGGUAUGCACGCAUUUGUUCAUGUGUACGUAUGCAUAUACGUGUAUGAGUCUAUGUGUAUGCAUGCACGCGCGUGAGAAUGUA